AAUUUCAAAAAGCAGGGCAUUUCAUAGGGAUUUUAAUUUUAAUGAGGACUGAAGUGUAAAGUAAAGUAUGAUUUGGGGAGUUUAAUAUAAAUCUGGAAAGUACAAAAUUUGGAAGCGGCCAUUAAUGAAAGUGCCGUUCUCUUGUGUUCAACAAUGGCUACCAUUGUCUACCCUCCUUUAAUCCCACCAAACACCCGCCUCCGAUCCCGCCGCCCCUUUUCCCGGCAACUUCCGCCACGCUGUAACACAACCAUCACCGCCUCCGCCACCACUGAAAACCUCCGAGUCGUUUUCGCCGCCGGAGGCACCGGCGGCCACAUUUACCCCGCACUAGCCAUAGCCGACGAGCUCAAAAUCUCGAAACCCAAGACCCAGUUCCUCUUCGUCGGAACCCCCAACGGCAUGGAGGCCACCGCCGUACCCGCCGCCGGCUACCCCUUCACCGCCGUCCCCACCGCCCCACUCGCCCGCCCUUUAAUCUCCUUCCAAAACUUCUUCCUCCUUCCAUAUCUCCUCACAAAAUCCACACUCAAGAGCUACAAAAUCAUACGCGAAUUCGAUCCCCACAUUGUUAUCGGCACCGGCGGCUUCGUUUCGUUCCCGACUUGCCUCGCCGCCGCCAUUAGAGGCGGGGGUAAGCUACUGAUACAGGAGCAGAAUUCCGUACCGGGUAUCGCAAAUUUAGUUCUCUCCCUAUUCGCUGAUAAAGUCUGCGUUGCCUUUAAUUCCACCUUGGAGUGUUUUUGGCAGAAGUACAAGUGUGUUGUGUGUGGGAAUCCUGUGAGAUUCUCAUUGACGAAGCAGACGUGUACGAAAUCUGCCGCCAGACGGCAUUUCUUUCCGAAUGCGGCGGUUAUCGGGAAGGAGAAGGUGGUGUUGGUGCUCGGAGGUUCAUUAGGUGCUACUACGAUUAACAUCGCUCUGUCUAAUGUGUAUUGUUCGAUGUUGAACGAGAACGAAGACUUGUUCGUCGUUUGGCAGACGGGAUUGAAGGCAUUCCGUGAAAUCGAGAGCCGUGUGAGAAACCAUCCUCGGCUACUUCUUUCUCCGUUCUUGAAUGCUAUGGAUUUGGCAUAUGCAGCUGCAGACGUAAUUGUUUCGAGAUCUGGCGCGAUGACUUGCUCUGAAAUCUUGGCCACGGGGAAACCUUGUAUUUUGAUACCAUCGCCGAAUGUUGCAGAGGGACAUCAGUUCAAAAAUGCUUCUCUAAUGGCUGAUUUAGCUGGUUCAAGGGUUAUUCUCGAAGACGAGCUGAACUCGGUCACACUUAGAAAUGCCAUCCAAGAAAUUGUCGGAAACGAGAGAGUGAUGGCAGAGAUGUGUGAGAGGGCUGUGCAAGCUGCAAAGCCAAAUGCCUCGGCUCUGAUCGUUGAACAUAUACUUUCCCUAACACGCGAACUAGGUUUCAAGCAUUGAGGAAUAAAUGAACUUGUGUAAGCUUUCUUGAAAAGCUGUUGUUUUAGUGAUUAGUUGUUUUGUUAAAUGUCUUGUGCUUCUGCGCGAAACCAAUUCCUACUGUACGAGGGCGGUGUUACCAAUUGCUGUCAGUAAUUUAAACAUUUGAAUUAGUUCAUCUUUCAAAUUUGAUUUUUCUUUGUCUUUUUAGAACAAUAUUAUUCGUUCCGGUUUUCGAAAGUUCCGAUUUCUGAUUUGUAUGAUUAUAAUUGGAAUUUAUGUGAUUUCUGA